AUGAUACAAACUGAAAAAAAGUGGGCAGAUAUUGAUGUAGAUGAUGAUGAAUCAUUAAUUGAUAAUGAAAAUAAAAAAAAAUGGGAGGAUAUAGAUGCAGACGAUGAUUUAGAGAAUAAUAAAAAAUUAUCCUACUUUACAAACUACGAAAAUGGAAUAAAAGUUGUUACUAAAUAUUCUGAAAACUUAAAAAAGCAAACAGUCAAAGUGACAAAGAAAAUUAAAGAAGUUGUUAUAAAAAAAAAGUUAAAUAAAGAAAUAAAUAAUAGACUUAAUUUAAAAAAAUUUAACGUUGAUUGUCAUAAUUCUGUUACAGUAGAACCUACUGACGUAAUAAAUAUAGAAGUCCCAAAAAAUAAUCCAUUAGAUUUUUUAAAAGACACAGAAUAUGAUUAUUUAUUUGCUGAACAAACAAACAAAACAACGAAAGAUUUAAAAAAUAGAUUUAAAAUAUUGAAAGAUGAAGAAGUUGAUGAAGUUAAAGCUGAAGAUACUAGCAAAAAUGCAACUAGAAGAGACGGAUUGUACUAUAGAUCACACGAUACUCAAAAUAAAGAAUGCACUGUUCGUGUAACGAACCUAAGUGAAGAUGUUAAUGAAAAUGAAUUAUCGAAUUUAUUUGGAAGAGUAGGAAACAUUGUUAGAAUGUUUUUAGCCAAGCAUAAAGAAACACAAAACUCAAAAGGUUUUGCAUUUAUAACAUAUUCUAAAAGAGAAGAAGCAAAAAGAGCUAUUGAAAAAUUAAAUAGACACGGAUUUGAAAACCUACUUUUAAGUGUGGAAUGGGCCAAGCCGUCAAAUAGAUAA